CGUCCCAUGGUUGGCUCAUUCUUCGGGUGCUACCUCAUCAAUUCGGUCACGAGGAAGCAGACGACAUACGUCGGCUUCACAUGCAACCCCGGGCGGCGCAUCAGGCAGCACAACGGCGAGAUCAAAGCAGGUAGGUACGCCACACUGCCGAUGACGUCUGUUCCCUCUCGCACUUGAGCCUUCCUGGCACUGUCGGUGCGAGUCAGUACACCUUUGGUUGUGUGCGUUGUCGGCGUGCGUGUGUGUGUGGUGAUCUCAUCAGGUGCUCGCAAGACGCGGCGGUGGCGUCCCUGGAAGAUGAUUGUGUGUGUGUGGGGCUUCCCAAACAAGAUCGCUGCACUGCAGUUCGAAUGGGCCUGUAAGUAAGCGGAAAGGAAAGGCGCCAAGUCAAAAGGACGCUUGUCGAUGGCUGCAGUGUUUGUCUGCGUGUGUGUCUGUUUAGGGCAGCAUCCUGCUGUGUGCCGCCUGUCGCGUGACGCAGUGGCCGACCUCUCAUACUGGUCGGCCAGUCAGCGAUGACAGUCAGUGCACGUGUCUGGUGAGUGUGUGUGUGUGUGUGUGAGCCUCAGUGAGGUGACGAAGCGGGGUCGUCAGAAGCCUCGCACGGUGGUGCAGAACCUUGAGGUGGUCUUCAGGAUGCUCAGAUGCCAACCAUGGGCUAGAAUGCCGCUGCAGGUAGGCACAUCGAUCACUCAGCCACCACACAAACACACAGAUUGUCAGACACACGCAGCUGGGCGAUUUUCUUGAUGUGAGCAGGUGCAUUUCUUGGACGCCGAGGCGUAUGGGACGCUGCUGCCGCGGCUGCAGACGGCGACGGAGAUACCCACACACAUCAAGAUAGUCCACGGCGGAUUCGACGACCUGCCAGUCAAGAAGGGCAGCCAAGGUGGGCUGAGCAUAAUGGAUGGAUGGACGAAUGGGUGUGUGCAGCUGCAUCCGUGUGUGUGUGUGUGCGUGUGCGUGUGGAUCAGUGUGCGAUAAUGACGACGACAUGGAUGAGGGUCAACCGCUUAGCUGCGGCGAAUGCAACGCACUAUUUGCCGAGAAGGUGUGGAGGGAUACACACAAGGACAAAACCAGAACAGAGCAGACAAGUGUGUGUCAGGAUCGCAUGGUUCGGUGUCCCAGCUGCCGCACACGAUUCCACGUUGUCUGCGCUGCCAAGGUAGGUGGGUACACCGCACACGCAUACGACCACUCCACCACACUGCAGAGCCUCACACACACAGAUGCCUGCCUUCUGUGCUUUCCCCCUGUCUGGGUCAGACCUUCCUCGAGUCCCCCUCCCCGUCAGACAGUUCCUCCUCCCUGCAGCGUCGCCCCACGCCCAUAUCCCUCUCACAGGACGCGUCCCCGCCAUCACAGCCUGACGCAGACAUGCCCAAAGCCAAGCCGACCAAACUCCUGCCUGACAGAGGUCGGUUCGGUCGCGGAGGCAGGAGAGGGAGGGCAGCGGACUUGGCUUUGCUGUUUUGAUGUGUCUGUGAAGGUCAGUGCCCCGUGUGUUUCGAGCCUGUCGCGUGGGCAGAGGUAUCGACUCACAAAUGGACAGACGACGCCUACCGGACGCGCACAACACGUUCCUCUCUGUUCGCCUUUUUCGUUGCUCGAUCAGUUUGUCCGUUCGGCGACAAUCUUCGAGCCCAACCGCCCCACACAAGGAGACGAUGACGACGAUGACGAGGAGGAUGACUCAGAUGAAGACGACAGCCACGACGACAACAACGGCAGUGAGGAGGACAAGGAGUGCGACAGCAGUGGCGGGGAGGGCGGCAGGGGCGGCAGGGGCAAAGGACCGAUGGGCCUCGCCAAGAAGAAGAGGGGCCGCCCAAAGGCCAAGCCAACAGCCAAACAGCCCGUCGGCAGGCCGCCAAAGGUCCCGCGGGCCAAGAAGGCAGCAGCAGCAGCCAAGGCGGACGACACGCCGAUGGACGCGUGCGUCAUCGACCUGCAGACUGGCGAUGUUCGCUUCCCUGGCAUGAUCUUCCCCGACCCCUCCACGUACACAUCCAGCCUCCAGCGGGCCGCCCACCUGCUCAACCAGCACCUGCAGACCCACAUGCAGGCACAGGAGGCCCAUAUUGAUGACGAUGACGACCGCGACAGAGGCGAUCAUCCCCCUCUCCCGUCGGCAUCUGCACGCGAGGGCCCCAGGAGAAGGAAGAAGAAGGCUGCCGACGAGGGGCCUCAGGUGAUCGACCUCGAGAAGAGCGAGGAGUUGCAGGGGCAGCAGCUGGAUGGGCAGCUGGAUGGCCGUGGUGGUGGUGGGAUGGGGGGCCCAUGCGGUAGCCAGGAGUGUGCGGGUGGGUCAGGCGGGGACGAUGGCGGCAGUGUAGGUGCGGGUGGUGUGGGUGAGGCUGGGGGUGGUGGGGGUGGGUUGUCGCUGGUGGAGAGGUUGAAGCGGCGGCAGAGGGCAAACCAGUGAGUGAGGAGGGAGGGACGGCCGGCUGGAUGGAUGGAUGCACGGGUUGCGUAUACGUAUCUGUGUGGGUGGCCGUUUGAUUGAGAAACACUAGCGUGGAGGGACAUUCAUUUGCUGUACAUACUUGUGUGUCUGUUUAUUCCACAUUUAUUCAUUCAUAUUACGAGUAAGUAUGGGC